UGUACCUUCAACAACAGAGAAAGACGACGAAUCACCGCAUCAGAAUCGAAGCCAUCGAAUAGAAGAGGGCCUAAUCUAUACUCGACCCUCAAAAUGCCCAAAUUUACAUCCGUAAACCCUCACCACCACUAACCACCGUGCCAUUGUCACUAACACUCACUCCCACUCCGAUGAUGAGCGCCACUACCAGCAUCAGAUCUUCCGCCGCAAUGUCUCGCCGUAGCAAACCUACGCCUCUUCCUUUAGUCGUCACGCUCAACUGCGUCGAAGACUGCGUCCUCGAGCGAGAUUCACUGGCCGGCGUCGCAAUCGUCGAGCACGUGCCGCUCAGCCGCUUAUCCGACGGGAAGAUCGAGGCGGCUGCAGCCGUUCUCCUCCACUCUCUCGCUUACCUUCCUCGGGCGGCCCAGCGCCGGCUCCGUCCUAACCAGCUCAUCCUAUGUCUCGGUUCGUCCGACCGGGCUGUUGAUUCCACCUUGGCAGCCGACCUAGGGCUGCAGCUUAUACACGUUGAUGUCUCGCGAGCCGAGGAGAUCGCGGAUACAGUCAUGGCGCUCUUCCUCGGCUUGCUUCGGCGCACGCAUUUGCUCUCCCGCCACGAGCUGUCGGCUUCUGGCUGGCUCGGGUCCCUGCAGCCAUUGUGUAGAGGGAUGCGGCGGUGUCGGGGGUUGGUGUUGGGGAUCAUAGGUAGAUCUGCUUCUGCUCGGUCUCUGGCUACCAGGAGCUUGUCAUUCAAGAUGAACGUCCUCUACUUUGAUGUUCAACAGGAGAAUGGAAAAGUUAGCAGGUCUUCCAUAACCUUCCCACCAGGUGCCCGACGAAUGGAUACUCUUAAUGAUCUUCUAGCUGCAAGUGACCUUAUAUCAUUACAUUGUGCCCUGACAAAUGAAACUUGCCAGAUUAUCAAUGCAGAAUGUUUGCAGCAAAUAAAACCUGGGGCGUUUCUUGUUAACACGGGUAGCAGCCAGCUGUUAGAUGAUUGUGCUGUGAAGCAGCUUCUGAUUGAUGGCGCUUUAGCUGGUUGUGCUCUUGAUGGAGCUGAAGGGCCACAGUGGAUGGAAGCUUGGGUGAAGGAGAUGCCCAAUGUAUUGAUACUUCCACGAAGUGCAGAUUAUAGUGAAGAAGCGUGGAUGGAGCUUAGGGAGAAAGCCAUCUCUAUGUUGCAAACAUUCUUGUUUGAAGGGGUUAUUCCUAAAGAUGCCAUUUCAGAUGAGGAUGAAGAGGAGAGUGAAGUAGUUGAUGAGAAAGAAAAGGCUGCUAGUCAAGACAAAGAACUUGCUCUUAAAGGAUCCAGAGGUGAGCAAUUGACCGAUGAUAUUCAACUAAGUCCAGAAGUGUCCCAGAAUAAGGGUUCCACUCAGUUUGAAGAAUCUCCAAGCCAAAAUCAGGGUUCAGGUUUAUCUCAUAGUACUGCCACCAAAUCUCAAGGAAGACGCAGCAGAUCAGGUAAAAAGGCCAAAAAGAGGCAUGCCCAUCAAAAAUCAAUGCAAAAAGCAGAUGAGCCCUUGGCAUUAGAGAAAGAAGGUACUUCACAUAGAGAAGAUGAUACGGCAAUGAGUGGCACAGAUCAAGCAUUAAGUUCUGGAUCUCAGUCCCCUGAAGACUGGAGGUAUAGGAAAACACCAAAAGAGAUACUGCAAGAAUCAACUUCUGACCAGCUUCUUGUAACUAGCCAGGAGCUCAGUGAGAAGUCUGGUGAUCUGCUGAGAGAAGGGUCUGUUAUUGCUUUGCAUGCAAGAGAUCACCCUGCACUCCAUGUUUCCAGACAAAGAGCUAAAGGUGGUGGUUGGUUCCUGGAGGCCAUGUCAAAUGUAACUAAACGAGAUCCUGCAGCCCAGUUCCUUGUUGAUUAUAGAAGCAAGGAUACAAUUGGUUUGCGUUCUUUUGCUGCUGGUGGGAAGCUAUUGCAGAUUAACCGAAGAAUGGAAUUUGUAUUUGCUAGUCACAGCUUUGAUGUUUGGGAGAGUUGGAUGUUGGAAGGUUCCUUGCAGGAAUGUAGGCUGGUAAACUGUAGGAAUCCUUCGGCUGUUUUAGAUGUACGCAUUGAGGUUCUGGCAGCUGUAGGGGAAGAUGACGGAGUCACACGUUGGCUCGAUUAGGUUGUUGACACUGAAUUUGAAUGCUAACUCUUCUUUCCUAUUCUUUUACUCAUAGGUUUUAGAUACUUGAAACUGUUCAUAAAUCAUUCUUUCCUAUCCCUUUUCUUCUGCGUUUUUGAAAGCAUCAGUGGCAUUGUAUGCAUUGAUGCUUUUUCAGUCAUUUGAUGUAUUAAUUGUAUUCUAUGUUUAUGCGAGAGUUGUCUUGUUAUCAUAUCAAACAGAGCCGCCCUAGAGUAAUUCCAUUUUCAGGUGAUGAAUCCAAAUCUUACCAUUGCAGAAUUUGUGAUAUCAUGAGACAUGAAGCACAAGACAAAGCUGAAUGGAAAGGGAAGCAAGAUCCACAGUCCCCGUAUAAUAUUUGGCUGAUUUAACUCUAUUACAAGGAUUUAUGGAAAUCUUGUGUAACAUCUGAGAUUUUCAAUGCAUUUUGUUAACCCGAAAUUAAGGUUCUGACUCUUGAUGGUAAAUUCCAGAGGGUGUUUGGUUAGGAGGAAAAUUUCCCCCUAAACUCUUUUAAACUUUUUCGAUUAUUUAUGUAUUUUUAUAUAUUAAUAUUACAAUAAAAGAAGGCUGAGAAU